AUGUCGCAGCUGUCUUCUAAUCCAAUCCCAUUUUCGGAGCCGCCAUAUCUCUGCGGGCUUCCUUCGCCCUACUACUCGCCGGGCCAUCGUCGCUUUCAGAAAGCGUGUCGCGAAUUUUUCUGGGAGCAUUUACACAGUCAUGCGGCAGAGUAUGAGAAGGCCGGACAGGUUCCCGAGCAUCGCUUGGGAAUUGCCGACAUCCUGGGAGUCAAGGUGGAGGACUGGGACUAUAUGUACACGGGAAUUUAUUUUGACGAGAUGGCACGAUCCGGUAUGGCUGGGCCGGGUUCAUCCCUGAACGCCGGAUUCAACUUUGCGAUUCCGCCUGUCCUGAAGUAUGGCAGCCGGGAGCUGCAGGAACGCUUUCUCCCGGAUCUUUUGACUGGUCGCAAACGCUGCUGUAUCGCUAUCACGGAGCCAGAGGCAGGCAGCGAUGUUGCCAACAUCACCACGACAGCGACCAAGACACCAGACGGCAAGUAUUACCUGGUCAAUGGCGCGAAGAAGUGGAUCACCAACGGGAUCUGGUCUGACUUUGCGACCAUGGCCGUUCGCACCGGUGGUCCGGGAGCGUCUGGCCUUUCUCUUCUGCUCGUUCCAUUGAAGGGGCACCCCGGCGUCACGAUGCGCCCGCUCAAGGUCACCGGCCCGAUCACUAGUGGAACCACCUACAUUGAAUUGGACGAUGUCAAGGUGCCUGUGGAGAAUUUAGUCGGCCGAGAGGGGGACGGCAUGCGAAUGAUCAUGACGAACUUCAACCACGAACGCCUUUCGAUCGCGGUCGGCGUCACGCGACAGGCUCGUGUGGCCCUGUCCACCGCCUUCCAAUACUGCCUGAAACGAGAGGCCUUUGGCAAAACACUCAUGGACCAACCCGUUGUUCGAAACCGCCUCGCUAGGGCGGGCGCUGAGUUGGAAACGCUGGGGGCCUUUGUUGAGCAGCUCCUCUACCAACUGUGUCAUCUUUCCAAGGAAGAGGGGGAUCGCAGGCUGGGUGGGAUCACUGCCCUCGCCAAGGCCAAGGCGGGAAUGGUGCUGAACGAGUGUGCACAGUGUGCGAUUCUCCUAUUUGGUGGAGCCGGGUUGACCCAAGGCGGACAGGGCGAGCUGGUCGAGUCGAUUCUCCGGGAGGUGCCAGCUGCCCGGAUCCCGGGUGGUAGUGAGGAUGUUUUGCUUGACCUGGCCGUGCGACAGUUGGUGAAGGUCUAUCAAACGGGGCAGAGGAAGUUGAAUCAGUCGAAGAUGUAG